AUGGAAUCAUCAACUAAUCAAGCAAAAAUUGUUGUUGUCGGAUCAUGCAGUGUUGAUUUUACAACCUACGCUCCUAGGCUCCCUCAACCAGGAGAGACCCUUCAUGGAACUAAAUUUGCAACUAGUUUUGGUGGCAAAGGUGCUAACCAGUGUGUUGCAGCCGCCAAACUGGGUGCAAAUACUUACAUGAUAUCAAGAGUAGGAGAAGAUUUCUGGGGCAAGAAAUAUAUACAUAAUCUAAAAAGCUUUGGAAUAAAUGUAACACACACGAAGGAAACAAAAGAUGUAACUACUGGUAUUGCUCAAAUAUCUGUAGCAGCAAAUGGAGAAAACCAAAUUGUCAUUGUUCCUGGUGCAAACAAUUAUCUUAGUGUGACAGAUAUUAAUGAAGCUCAAAUUUUGAUUCAAGAUGCCGAUGUUUUGAUAAGCCAACUUGAAACACCAUUUGAUACCACGCACGAAGCUUUCAGAUUAUGCAAAGGUGUUCGACUGUUAAAUGCAGCACCAGCUAGUACUAACAUAGAAAAUCUUCUAAAACUCUGUACAGUACUUUGUGUAAAUGAAUCUGAGGCUGCGUUACUCGUCGGUUUCGAAGUCACUUUAUCUAAUAUUAAAGACACUCUUAAUAAAUUGUUAGACUAUGGAUGUGAAACUGUCAUAAUUACCCUUGGCAGUAAGGGUGCUGCGUAUUCUACCCAACGAGAUAUAUGUGUGCAUGUUCAGUGUUCAAAUGUUGUACCAGUUGAUACUACGGGUGCGGGCGAUGCUUUUGUGGGAGCAUUAGCAACUUUUAUGGCAACACACAAAAAACUGCCCUUCCAUCAAAUUAUCGGCGCUGCAUGUGAUGUUGCAAGCAAAUCUGUUACUAAAGAGGGAACUCAAUCGAGUUUCCCAGAUAAAUACAACCCCUUUGAAGUAGUAUACCAGUAUAUAAUGUUGUAA